AUGACAGCAAACUCUGCAACAAGACCAAGUCUUGAUGAUCUUGACAAUUACCAUGUCAACCUGGAUGAUGACCCCUUCCGCUCCCCCAGUCCACUACGCCAAAACGACACCGAAUCCAAGAAGCGCAAGAGCGAUGGCCUCGGCAUCGAUGAAGAAGUCGACGUAACAAAGCGUGCCAGAGUCCCUCGCGUGAAACUCGACGAGACCCGCCUCCUCUCGGACGACGGGAUUCCCAAGCUCCGCAAGCGUGCCGCUGGGCUGAAGUUCAAGGGCAAAGGCCACGAGGUACGACGCCACUCGGUUUUGCAUUAUGUCCCACGCCCGGCUGUUGUCGUAUCAUUUUACCAUCAUCAUCUUGAUCGUCAUCAUCACACAGUUUCUCACGCUCUAGUUUUCAUCCUGCAGUUCUCCGACGCCGCCCGCCUCCUCACAUUCUACCAGUUCUGGCUAGACGACCUCUUCCCCAAGGCCAAGUUCCUCGACGCCCUCGCCAUGGUGGAGAAGGCGGGCCACAAGCGCGUCCUGGUCAGCAAACGCGCCGAGUGGAUAGACGAGUGCAAGCCCCGCGCGUCCGACGAAGCCGAUCAGGACGACAACCCCCUGGCGAACGCGGAAGCAGCAGAGCCAGCAGUACCAGCGGUGCGAUCUGAGCCACGACCGAAUCACCAGAACCUACGACCUGCCGCCGAAAACGAGCGAACGAAAAGACCACAAGCUGCACAACCAAGAGAUGAUAAUGACGAUGGCAUACCUGACGACGAGGAAGAUCUUUACGCCGCCACCCCGCGAAAGAACAAGCCCGCCCCACGACGGCUGGUGGACGACGAGGAGGACGAUGAAGACGACCUAGAGGCUCUCAUGGCGGAAGCUGAUGCUGGGACGCGGCGACAAACAGAGACACGGCCACAGGCAGGGACCACGGACUUUGCAGAUACUGGUUCUCUGCACCCCGAACCAGACCGAGGGCCCGAUGACGACGAAGAAGCGGCCAUGGCGGAGAUGGAGGGGCUGUGGUGA